GUCUUGGUACGCCGACGGCGGGCGCAGGAGCCACGUACACUGGAGAGCAGAGCAGUGGUUCCGGUGCGGCAGCAACACCGAGCCCAUCCGCUGCGCCACCUUUAACGGGGCGAGCUCCAGAGUCCAGACCAAAGCAAAGCUAGGAAGAGGCAGCGCGCUGACACAGAGAGAGAAGACGGGCCCCAACCCCCCACGCUGGCCGCAGCGCAGGGUUCUCCGUCGUCGCCGCCGGGAAGCUUCCGACCGAUCCGCGGGCGAGAUCGCCGGCCAUGGACGCUCCGGCUCCGUUCAUCUACUGCCCCCCCGCCGGCGACGCCGACGACGCCGUUGGGUAGGUUGCCAAUAGAGUUUGCUGCGGUGCGUGAUUGCAAGGAAGAAGUUGAAAUGUUGUUUCCUUUGACUUCCCCAAUUCCAAAUGUCCGAAACUGGAGUAUCGAGGGAGUAAUUUCUUAUGCAAAAAUUGAAGAAAAAAAGCCAAUGGAGCAAAAGCACGUUGAAAGAAGAAUGGCUUUCUUAAAGUUACAGGCUAAUACGGCAUUCAAGCAGGAGUAUAAGUUGGCAUCAAAGUUGUAUGGUUUGGCAAUAGAUCAUGCAGAGAGUGCAACACUGUAUGCAAACAGGAGUCUUUGUAAACUGCUCAUGGGUGAUGGUGAAGGUGCUUUGUCAGAUGCUCUCAGGUGCAGAAUGCUGCGGCCUGAUUGUGCAAAAGCUUGCUACCGUCAAGCUACAGCUCACAUGCUACUCAAGGAGUAUAAACAAGCCUGUCAUGCUCUCUUGGAUGCACAAAAGCUGGAUCCUGGGAAUGCUGAAAUUGAGCGUGAACUGCGGAAGGCUAGGGAACUCAUGAAGAAUCAUCCUGCUGAAGGCGAGCAGUGAAGGGCGUGCAUGUGUUGAACUGCAGGCUGCAACAUGUGCCGGUUCUUACUAAAAGUGGAGUCAGCAUCAACUUCUAAUCCUUGUGUUUUUUAUUUGAACCAAAAGGCUGAAACGUGUCGCGAAUGUUGCGUCUUCAGAUUGCUAAGGAGAUGAGAUUUUCUUGUCUGGCCCUUGGAUCAUAGUGGCCAGUUCCUUUUGCUUUUGGAUGAGUAUGUAUGCAAUUCCAAUUAUCCAGUUUCUGUGCAAGGCUUCUUAUCUUUCAUGAUCA